AUGUCACGGCCUCAGCCUGCGCCGCAGAGCUGGAACUCGCGCAAAAUUGUAAAGAGGAAGCAAAAACUGAGCCCGAGCGAGACGAGCGACGAGGCAUGCUGGCUGACAGGCGCCAGGCAUCACCAGCUCUUGAUGCCGCGGUACAGGCUUGCUAUGCGGCGGCUCUUCAGGGCUCUUGGGUCCCCUAAAAGUCCAGAUGUCUCCAGAUUUCAGGUCCGACGGCUGCAGGCUUUUGGAUCGGAACCCACCCGGAAGCGGCCGCCGCUUCACGAUCUUGUCACCGAUUGGACCCUCCCGCUGAAGAAAAAAGUGAUGUCUCUGUUGAGCCAGAGUGUGCGAUUGUGGUCCGUUGCUCAGCUCACGCCGCGUUCCCAGAAGCCCUCGCCCAUGUGGCGGCGAGUACGAAAUUUUGGGUCCCUUGGAGAGUUGGAGGGGGCCGCCACGCAGCUUCCCAUGAGUAUUGGCUGAUCAGACUGUGUUUGAAUCGGUUGCAUCAAUUUCCUAUUUGGCCACCAACAGACACCUCAUCGUGGCCCCCUGUUCUGUGAAGAACACAAGUAUCUGUCAUACGAUACAGAUAAAAGACGUCGUCGCCUUCAUGUUGUGAGAAAACCGUGUACUGGACUCCCUUAUCAACCGUUGGCAAGCCUGAAUCCCAUUGCCUUGUUGUUCUCACGCACAAGAGUCGAAGAGAGCAAACAAAUCCCCAGCAGCCGUUGCAACGGUCAAGAUGACGGUCAGCGAUAAGCCCGUGCUGAUCAUUGGCGCCGGAGUCGUGGGCUUGACGUUGGCACACGGGCUCAAAAAGGCAAACAUUCCUUUCGAAAUCUACGAGCGAGACGAGAACAUCGAUGCCCGAGGACAGGGCUGGGCCAUCACUCUGCAUUGGGUGCUGCAGUACCUCGGCGAGAUUAUCGAUCAAGACACAUUCGCCGGCUUGGAUGACGUCCAAGUCGAUCCAGAGACUGGCCGUAACGACACGGGCAACUUCAUCUUCAUCAACCUCAAAACAAAAGAGCCCAAGUUCUACAUCCCUCCCAACGCGCGUCGCCGUGUGAAUCGCGAGAAGCUGCGCC